AAUGGAAAAUGAAAAUGAAAAAAGAAAGGGGAAAGUAGCCGCUAUAUAACAGUGCUCUUAACUUUGUUGAAUUGCGUGAGAAAUUGUUAGGUCAAGGCGGAGUUCUCUCUCUGUCUCUCAUCGUCUACGCGAAGAAAGAAAUGACUAUGGAUCAGCCACACUAUCCCACCAUUGCUCAGAAGGUGACUGGGAAGCUCUACCGGACAACCCCCACUCAACGUUUUGGAGCAUUUGAAGGAAGCCAGCCCCGACCAUCUCUCUAUCAAUCACAGUUCAAAUAUGGGAACUACACCAACACUGCAUUGGCAUAUCCAUGUCAAAUGACAUGUGACCUUUCUAUGGUCAAGUCUACUGCCUCCCCAGUUUUUGCACAAGCUCCUGCUGAGAAAGGAUUUGCGGGCUUUGCCAUUGAUUUUCUCAUGGGUGGAGUCUCUGCGGCAGUGUCGAAAACAGCUGCAGCUCCUAUUGAGCGUGUGAAACUACUGAUACAAAACCAGGAUGAAAUGCUUAAGACUGGUAGAUUAUCUAAACCAUACGGAGGUAUUGGUGAAUGUUUCUCACGAACAAUUAAAGAAGAAGGAUUUGGCUCUUUGUGGAGAGGAAACACUGCUAAUGUGAUCCGUUACUUCCCAACCCAGGCCUUGAAUUUUGCAUUCAAGGAUUACUUCAAGAGGCUUUUCAACUUUAAGAAAGACAGGGAUGGUUACUGGAAGUGGUUUGCUGGGAACUUGGCUUCAGGUGGUGCAGCUGGUGCCUCUUCUCUCCUCUUUGUUUACUCUCUGGACUAUGCUCGUACUAGAUUGGCUAAUGAUGCCAAGGCUGCAAAGAAGGGAGGAGAGAGGCAGUUCAACGGCCUGAUUGAUGUCUACAGGAAGACUUUGGCGUCCGAUGGCAUUGCUGGACUGUAUCGCGGAUUCAACAUAUCAUGUGUAGGAAUCAUUGUUUACCGCGGUCUCUACUUUGGAAUGUACGAUUCAUUGAAGCCAGUUCUUCUCACUGGCACGCUGCAGGAUAGUUUCUUUGCUAGCUUUGCCCUGGGUUGGCUGAUCACAAACGGUGCUGGUCUUGCAUCGUACCCAAUUGACACCGUUCGUAGACGUAUGAUGAUGACGUCUGGUGAAGCAGUAAAAUACAAAAGCUCAUUGGACGCAUUCUCUCAGAUCUUGAAGAACGAGGGUGCCAAAUCUCUGUUCAAGGGAGCUGGAGCAAACAUUCUGAGGGCCAUUGCCGGUGCUGGUGUGCUUGCUGGCUACGAUAAGCUGCAGUUACUCGUCCUCGGUAAGAAAUACGGUUCCGGUGGUGCUUAAGUAUGCGCAUGACGAUAACGACGACGACGUUGGCUUGGGUUUUCAUCGAUAACAACCGGUUUGAUUCAAUUUUGAAUAAUAGUUUGUUUAUGGGGGUUGUAUGUGUAUCCCCAAAACUCUGUUGCUUAAUUCAACUUUGGAUGGUAGUAAACAUUGCAUAAGUAGGCUGACGUAAUUGUCAGUGCAGCUGGGUGCUUGAUUUCGGACAGGUGAGUUUGAGGCGUGUAGUUUUCUUACUCGGAACAGUUGCAUUUUUGCCCUGCUAAAUAAAACUUAAGACAGUUUCUCA